AUGGCAGCAAAACAUUUCGUCCAUGAUCCCACCCUCCUUGUGAACUCCGCUCUACAUGCCCUCACCCUCACCAAUCCCUCCCUCGCCCUCGAUACAGAGAACAAAAUCGUCUACAGACGACCCGGCCAUGCUUCCCAAGUAUCCAUAAUAUCCGGCGGUGGAAGUGGUCAUGAGCCUAGCUUCGGAGCAUUUGUCGGUGAUGGAUUACUCGCAGCAUCUGUUGCUGGUACUAUAUUUGCUUCACCGAGCGCCGAGCAAAUUCGCAGAUGUGUGAUGUCAAGAGUUGAUACCGAGAAGGGAAUCUUGGUCACGGUCAUGAAUUAUACAGGGGAUGUGUUGAAUUUUGGUAUGGCGGUUGAGAAAGCAAAGGCUGCGGGACUGAAAGUCGACAUGUUGGUAGUUGGAGAUGAUGUUGGAGUUGGCCGUAAGAAGGCUGGAAAGGUUGGCAGAAGAGGUAUUGCGGGCACAGUACUGGUACAUAAGAUUACAGGAGCAUUGGCAGCAACUGGUGCUAGUCUGAGGGAUGUUUACAAAGUUGGAAAAUUAACGGCAGACAACAUCGUUAGUGUGGGAGCUUCCUUGGACCAUGUUCACGUUCCCGGCCGAGCACCCCCAAAUCCAGAUUCCGAGGAGAGUCUGGCUUAUGAAGAGGUCGAGAUUGGAAUGGGAAUUCAUAAUGAGCCUGGUAGUGGUAGAGCCAAGGUUGAUCUGCCUGAACUCGUCAAAAGAAUGCUUACGCAGUUGUUGGAUUCGAAAGACAAGGACCGAGCAUUCUUAAAUGUGAACUCGAACGAAGUUGUGCUUCUAGUCAACAAUCUUGGAGGUGUGAGUGUACUGGAGCUUGGUGGUAUUACAGCAGAAGUUGUUGGCCAGCUCGAAAAGUCCUACAAUAUUAAGCCAGUCAGAAUCCUUGCCGGGACUUUUAUGACAAGUUUGAACGGUCUCGGAUUUAGUAUAUCACUUCUCAAUGUGGUCAACACGGAUAUUGGCGGGCCUAGUAUGUUGCAAUUACUAGACGCAUCCACCGAGGCGACUGGAUGGGCGGCCCCUAUCCGAAAGGAAACAUGGGAGGCUAAAUCUACAUCAACUAGAACUGGCUCUGCUGGUACUGAAGAGGAGAUUAAGCCCAGUGGGUUGAAAAUGGACGCCGAAACAACAAAGACUGCUUUGAUAGCUGGGCUCCAAAAAAUAAUUGACGCCGAACCGGAUGUUACUCGGUUUGAUACAGUGGUUGGGGAUGGAGAUUGCGGUAUUGGUCUAAAGAGAGGAGCCGAAUCUGUGCUCUCAUCAAUCUCGAAAGAGAAGUUAUCCGGUGACGUUGUUGUCGAUCUCGCAAGAAUUGUUCAGGUGGUCGAAAACACUAUGGAUGGAACCUCUGGAGCUCUGUAUGCUAUCUUCCUCAACUCUCUUUUAACUGCCCUCCGCGAAAAUGCUUCUGCCGGACAAGCAACACCAGAAGUUUGGGCAAAGGCAUUGCAGUCCGCAUCCGAAGCUCUUUCAAAAUAUACCCCAGCCAAGCCUGGAGACCGCACUCUUGUAGAUGCAUUGCAUCCAUUCAUUGAGACCUUGGCCAAGACAGGAGAUAUACAAAAAGCAGCCGAAGCAUCCAGGACGGGUGCAGAGGGCACAAAGGGAAUGAGGGCUAGUUUAGGAAGAACUGUAUAUAUUGGUGGUACUGGUUUCGAACAGGUCCCAGAUCCUGGAGCCUGGGGCUUGAGCGAAUUCUUUUUGGGACUUGCUGGGUUAGGAGAUGUGGAUUAUGGGUUGGUUUGA